UAGAGGAAGACCUUCAUGAAUUAAAGAAAAAUGAAGUUAAAAAUUUUGAAGUUAAUAAAACGUCUGACAUUGAACUUUUAGACCAGAUUUCUAAAAUCACGCAUACUCCAUACAAGAAUUCAUUCGCAUCAAGAUUAUAUGGCAAUCCUCGUUUAGCUACUACUCUUACUGUGGAAGAGGCUUGGACUAGUCCUUUUUGUAGAAAGUUAAGACCAUAUAUCCGCAGGGAUUAUGAAACAAAGCCACCAAAACUAUGUUUAUUACAAGAAAUUGUUAAAUACGCUUAUCGUAAUGAACCAGAUUGGUUGCCACCACCUUCUAGUCCUAUUGAUUUUUGUUAUUUCCAAAAGGAACAUUUGAGUCAGGUCAAUGAUUUGCUGCAAAGAUGUUUUUGGCCAAGUAUUGAUGAUUUUAGUGUUGUAGCCAUGUAUAAGCGAUUGGUGAUUGGAUGUGGGUUUAUGACACCGGAAGCUUAUAUCACAUAUAUUGCUGUUGCACCUGGAUGGGAAAAAUCAGGAAUAGGACAGUUUAUGUUGUAUCAUUUAAUUCAGACCAACUUAGGAAAAGAUGUAACCCUUCAUGUAUCAGCAAAUAAUCCAGCAAUGAUUCUAUAUCAAAAGUUUGGGUUCAAACCUGAAGAAUUUAUUGUAAAUUUCUAUGACAAGUACUUGCCUGAUGGGAGUUUAGGGUGUAAAAAUGCAUUCUUUGUUACUGAUUUUGUUCUAGAAUGGGCUCAGCAAAAUAAAACUUUACCAGCUUACUUAAAAGUUAAUGAUGUGAUAUGCCAGCGGUGUUACAAUGGAAUAGUUGUUCGACCUUCGGCUGUGAUGAAAGAACAUGCUCAAUCUGCAGGUAUUGAAGACUAUCCCGAUACAGUGGUCGAUACUCAGGAGGAUAUCUUGAAGGUAAUGUCUUUUUCAAAUGUAAUAAAAUUUAUAACUGAGGUUUUAUAUCGGUAUGAAGUUACUCAAAAAUUGUUAGCGUUUCGGACAUUUGAAGAAUUUCGUACCUGCAUAGAAGCUAAAGAUAGGCAUUUGAAAGCUUUUUUUGAUGAACUUGUAUUAUCAGCAAAUUUACCACAAAAAAAAU